AUGAAAUCUUUUACCGUGAGUACACAUCGUUUGCUUUUGCAUUACCGUAAUCUUUUUCUGAAUAAAAUAAACACAAUAUGCGCGACUUGUUGACGUGUAUACAUUCGUUGUCGUUUACAGGUGAUAUCGAUCGUGUGCUUUUUAGUUUUUACGGGAUCGGCGAGAUGCGCGCCCGGGCUUACUGCGGCGGCCGUCAUCGCGUCCGAGAACGGCCAUCGCGUAAUUCCGGUCAAUUCUUUGGACGGACACGACAGUGUGGAGUACUUGUUCGUGGAAUCAAAUUACUUCAAGACGUCGGAAAAACCAAUCUCCGAACCGGUGGACACCACCGAAGAUUUUACGGAAACGUAUACACUAUGA